AAAAUAUUGAUAAUAUAUGAAUGAAGUUGCCUUGUUAUAAUCUCUGUCACUUGGUCAAAAGCUUUAGCUAAGUUUCUUUCUCUCUUUUCUUCUUCUUCUUCAAUCCAUUUUCUCAGCUUCUACCAACAAAUAUUUGCUUCACUUUCUUCAUUUCUAGCUGUAUAUCAUUCAGCAAAGGCGUCGUUGAAGAUUCGGCUAAAUUUUCAUCAGUGAGCAACUUGAUCUAUUAUACUAUUUCUAUAAGACUGAAAUUUUAUGUGAGCUGGUUGAAUUGAACGCAAACCAUGUCAUUGAUUAUAUCUCCGGAGUUGGCUGACGCGUCGUAUGGGAAUGCCAAGUUAUACUCGUUAAAGGGAGCCGAUGUUACACCUGGCUUGUCCUCCCAUGAUUUUGCUCCUGAUAAGCAUAGAAGCAUGUACAUGAAUGAUUCUUACUCGAGUGAGAGUUACGAAAAGUACUUCCUUGAUUCACCUACAGAGGAACUGAUAGAACCGUCUAGUUCUGGGAUAUCAGGAAAUUCUGUUCAUGCUGAUGGUGAUUCUUCCUACCAGCUCAGAGCUAAUUCAGGAGGUUCUAUGAUCACUGAUAACCCGUUUGAUACUUAUGUUUCGUCUACAAGGCAGCGUGAUGCGUAUCAGUCCAACUUUGAAUCAGAUUUCUUGGAAAGUGAAAGCCCUGAUUGUUUUGAAUUUGACGGUGAUAUGCGAUUGAAAAUACAAGAAUUGGAGAGGGCAUUGCUUGGUGACAAUAAUGAUGAGUGUGAUGACGAUGAGGAAAACAUGUUUAGGACUGUUCAGAGCAUGGAGAUUGAUCCUGACUUUGCUGAGUGUGCCAAUCCCAUUCAGAACAAGUCGCAUCAUGACUCGCCAAAGGAAUCGUUGUCCUCAGAUUCAAAUCUUAGUAGCACCAGUAGCACCAAAGAAAUAUCACAAAACUUUCCUCGGACCCCGAAGCAAUUACUAUAUGAAUGUGCUAGCGCACUUUCAGAAGGAAAUGAAGUAAAAGCCUCAGCUAUGAUCGAUGAUCUCAGGCAGUUGGUUUCAAUUCAGGGAGAACCUUCGGAUAGAAUUGCAGCCUACAUGGUGGAAGGACUUGCUGCUCGUUUGGCUUCAUCGGGAAAAUGUAUUUAUAAAGCUUUGAAAUGCAAGGAACCUCCGUCUUCUGAUCGUCUAGCAGCAAUGCAGAUACUAUUCGAGGUGUGCCCAUGUUUUAAGUUUGGAUUUAUUGCUGCAAAUGGUGCUAUCUCUGAGGCUAUUAAAGAUGAUAAGAAGGUUCACAUUAUAGAUUUUGAUAUCAACCAAGGAAGUCAAUAUAUAACCCUGAUACAAACACUUGCUUCUAGGCCAGGGAAGCCACCUUAUGUGAGAUUGACCGGCGUUGAUGAUCCUGAAUCCGUGCAACGAUCUGUUGGAGGCCUAAGUAUCAUAGGACAAAGACUUGAAAAGCUAGCAGAAGUACUCGGAUUGCCAUUUGAAUUUCGAGCCGUAGCAUCAAGGUCUUCAAUUGUUACUCCAUCAAUGCUCAACUGUCGUCCCGGGGAAGCCCUUGUGGUGAACUUUGCAUUCCAGCUUCAUCACAUGCCCGACGAAAGUGUAUCAACUGUAAACGAACGAGACCAGCUUCUCCGCAUGGUUAAGAGCCUUAAUCCAAAACUUGUAACAGUUGUGGAACAAGACGUGAACACAAACACUUCCCCAUUUCUUCCAAGAUUUGUUGAAGCUUACAAUUACUACUCUGCUGUGUUUGAGUCCCUUGACGCCACUCUUCCGAGAGAGAGUCAAGAUAGGGUGAAUGUUGAAAGGCAAUGCUUGGCGAGGGACAUUGUGAAUGUCAUUGCUUGCGAGGGCGAGGAUAGAAUAGAAAGGUAUGAAGUCGCUGGAAAAUGGAGGGCAAGGAUGAAAAUGGCUGGAUUCACUUCAUCACCAAUGAGCACAAAUGUGAAAGAAGCAAUUAGAGAACUCAUUAGGCAGUACUGUGACAAGUACAAGAUAAUAGAGGAAAUGGGGGGACUUCAUUUUGGGUGGGAAGACAAAAACUUGAUUGUUGCUUCAGCAUGGAAGUGAAUAUGACAACCCUUUUUGCUAGAGUAAAUAGUCAUUUUGGUACUUGAAUGCGAGUCAUUGUCACUAUAGUCCGUGAAUGUUUGAAAAUUACAAAACCAUACCUGAAUGUGUUUUUUAUUAGUCUCUCUGGUUCUCGUAUGUGUCUUUUGUUAAUUAGUUUGAUCCUCAGAUGUGUCUUUCGUUAGUCAAUUUGGUCCACAAAAUUACUAACAGAAGACAUACUCAAAAUGUUUUUGUAAUUUCGAUAAUUUCAAGGACUAAAGUGACAUCGCAUCACAUCGCCUCACACGGACCAAAAAUGACUCUUCACUUUUUUUUUGUUAUAUAGACUCUUUUGGUAUUUGGAUGCUUGUUUAGUCUAUUUAUGUAUUUAGGUGUGGUCCAGAAUAUCCAUAUCAGAUGUAUACUAACGUGCAAUCUUAAAGCUGAUAUGAACUUUCAUGUGACAGUGUAUGUAGUAUAUGACAACAUAAAACAGCUAUGCUUAGGCUUGUAAUUACAUUGUUGCUUGCUUGUUUACCAUAA